AUGUCGGACGGCCCUUCCUUCGACCAGCUCCGCGCGUCGCUCCUCGACCUUUCGCAGCCCAUGGGCAAGCGCACCCGCGCCGUCUUCUACCUCCGCACGCGUGGCGGCAAGGACGACCUCAAGGUCCUCCUCGAAGCCUUGGUCAACAAGGCCGACUCGGAGCUCAUGCGCCACGAGCUCGCUUAUGUCAUCGGUCAGUUCCAGGACGCCGAUGCGUGCCCGACGCUCGAGUCGGUCGUCGCCGACACGUCCGACGACUGCAUGGUCCGCCACGAAGCCGCCGAGGCCCUUGGCGCGAUCGGCGACGCGAGCUCGCUCGAGAUCCUUGAAAAGUUUAGCCACGACGACGCGCCGGAAGUCGCGGAGACGUGCGAGCUCGCGCUUCGCCUCGUCAAGUACAAGCACACGCCGGUGGAGGACGAAGGCGUCCUCGACCGCAACCCGUAUCUCUCGGUCGACCCGGCGCCGGCCAUGGAGAAGACCAAGACCACGGACGAGCUCAAGGCCAUCUUGCUCGACACGUCGCGCUCGAUGUUCGACCGGUACCGUGCCAUGUUUUCGCUCCGGAACCGCAACUCGGAAGACGCGGCGCUCGCGCUCGGCGAGGCUUUCGACGACAAGAGCGCGCUCUUCCGCCACGAGAUCGCGUACGUCAUGGGCCAAAUGGUCAACCCCGUGACGGUCCCCGCGCUCAAGAAGGUGCUCGUCGACGCCAGCGAGCACCGCAUGGUCCGCCACGAAGCCGCCGAGGCGCUCGGUGCCAUUGGCACGCCCGAGUGCGAAGAGAUCCUCAAGGUGUACGUCAAGGACGACCACCAGGUCGUGCGGGAGAGCUGUGAAGUCGCUCUGGAUAUCAUCGACUACUGGGCGCCGAUGAAGUAA